CCCAAUUACUCAAUACACUGAAUUUCUCCAUUUCCUACUUCAACACUUGGAAGUCAUGAAUACACGUGAUGUCCUGUCGGCAGGGCAGUUGCAAGGACUAUUCUUGAAGAGGUUAGUGGAUUGUACGCCAAGUCCGUUACAGCUCUCCUCCCACUGCUCGCGCCGCAAGAGAAGGAUCCUUCUACAGACAGCGACCUCUGCCGCCGCCGACCGACGCAUCUAACGAGCCUGCCGCCAAAACGCCGCCUACCCUCCCCGCGCUGUCCACCACGUUCUCCAACCCGCGCCGUCCUCCCUCCGCACAUGUGAAUUUCCCAGCAAAUCCUGUUUCCAAGGCUGGUGCUUCACGCAAUACAAUGACAACUUCUCAUGAAGCGCUUUUACCCGACCAUGAGAUCGUGGAGUUAUGCACGGUUACCGCCCCUUUCGCCGGAUCCCCGCACGGAAACCAACUGGUCAAAAUUUCAGACAACGUGGCUGUGAAAUUCGGACUUGGUGUUCGAAAACAAGAAGCUCAGAACCAAAGCUACGCGCAUCGCCAUGUGGACAGUACAGUCUUGUAUAUUCCACAAGUGUUUCGCUUCUUCAGAGCCACUCUAUUUGGAUUUGACAUGGGCUUCAUUGUUAUGGAGUAUGUGCUUGGAAUCAACUUGGAUACGCUGAAUGUGGUCGAGAAACCACAUCUCGCUGAGCGCACGAUGGAGGCGAUUCAACACCUCGCUAUGAUUCCCAUCCCCCCUGAUCAAGGGCCUGGACCGGUCGGCGGCGGAUCCGCAUACGGCUACCUGUGGUCAGACGAUGGAACCGGGCAAAGUUGGGAAUCUAUCAAAGACAUGGAAGAGUGGAUGAACAAGAGGCUUGACGUCGUCAAGCAACCACGUAUAUCCCUGGCACGGCACCAGCAACUUAGUAUGCAUCAUAUGGACCUUGUCAGACGAAACAUCUUGUUACUCCCAAACUCCUCCGUCUGUUUCGUGGACUGGGCUUUUGCCGGAUUCUUUCCUGAUAUCUUUGAGAUCCACACUUUCCAGGACCUACUUUCCACAGACAGUGUCUGGUUCAAGCAGCUUCUGCAUCUCUCUCAGAAACCUAACGAUAACGACAAGCAAGUUCUACAAUAUCUGGGCAUUCCCGCCGUCGUGAACAAUAGAUUCUCGUUCGAAAACAAUGCCUAUUCGAGUAAUCUGCCGCAUUCUGAGACCCCUCUCCCGCCAGCACUACCUCCCUUCUCAGCGUUAUAGAUCUGCAUAUGACGGCAGAGUAAGCUCUGCCCCAGCGCUCAACAAAAUGUUCCUUGCUUUAUUUCCAACCAGAUCGGUUCAAUGUCCUUCGAGUAGUUGUAGCUGAGGGCUGGCACAAGUUCGCUUUCGACUUUUUCUCCAUCAACGAAAUUUUUGUUCGCGAAUCCGCGCAUAACGGUCAGGCUAGGAAACACUCCAUCAGUACACACAGACAAAUACAAGAUCGUAAAUGCUUA